AUGCACUUACGACAAUGGCAUUUUGUUGAGACUACUUCAUCUGGACAGCCGGUGUUGAGAGAGAAUGAGAAGGAUAUCUACGUUGAGCAUCAAGUGGGUUGUUACCAAGGUAAAUCCAAGAUUUUGGGCAGACAAAAGGGAAGGAUAUAUCUGACUUCGCAGAGAAUAAUCUACAUUGACGAUGAGAAACCUUUAAUGAAUUCCAUUUCUUUGGAGCUGGACGAUGUUUUGCAGGCUGACUACUCCUCCAAGUUUUUAAGGAAGUCUGCUAGAUUGAGCAUCUUUUUACGGGAUUCCAAGACUGAUGAUCUAGACAACAAUUCAGUGGGCACAAAAAUCUCAGAAGGGAAGAGUACGUGGAUUUGCCCGAUUUGCGGUCAUCAGAAUGAGACACCGGGCCAUUUGACAAAAGAAAACAUGCAUUCAUUUCCGUGUGCUAGUUGUGGUAUUGUACCUGAUUUUGAAAUGAUUGCCGAUGUCAUCAGUUUCCACAAUGUCACUUCCUCUUCAGAGUCUGACAAGACUGCACAAAUCGAAUGUCCCGCAUGUACAUUUCUGAACAGGCCAUCCUUGAGAAAUUGUGAAAUUUGUGGGACAAGACUUCCCUCCAAGCAUUCAGGAACCUCAUCCGACAUCAGCAUUGAUCAACGAGUUAAAAUCAGCCUCGAGACGAAAGACGGACUAGUCAAGGGGGAACCGAUUUACAUACAGCUAAGCUUCAGGCUAUCUGAUGGAAUACUACUCUCUCAAACGAUUUCGGAACUGAUAGAAGACCGACGCAGAGUGAAGUCACAGAAUGUAUACAAUAAAGGUGUUCAACCGCGGGAAAAGAAUCUUCUGGAAAUCAAAUCUGAGCUGGGCCGAGCUGGAAUUGCAAGUCUGGAAAAAUCGCAAGAAGAUCGACUAAUCAGUAAUGACAUCAUGCUGGGUAACGCUUUGAGUGACCUUGACAGUCUGAUGGCUUUAGCUUCUGACAUAGAAAAGCUGUACGACACGACAGGGCGUUCACAGUUUAAAAAAAACAUUCCACUGCUGACCAUUGACAGAGAAAAGUUUUUAACCAAGGAUCUGUUCAUUAACGAAAUUUCAAGAGAAUUGCACAGUUUUAUCCUGUCGGAGUUUCAAGAACAGAAAGAAGCCGAAGGGGUAAUAUUGAUUUCAUUGGUGGAUACUUAUGCAUUGUACAACAAGGCAAUGCGGAUCGGGUCUGGGCUAGUUUCCCCUCAAGAGCUCUGGGAGGCCUGCAAAAAACUCGAAGAGCUGGGGCUAAGUGAUUUACAACUUACUACCAUCAACGAACGCGUACUUUGUAUAUCAUCAGGGGAUUCGUUUGGGUUUUUGAAAAGAAAGAUCUGGGAUAUAGUAACCACAUCCCCUGGCGCAGACCUUUUGGAGCUAAGCCGACAACUGAAUAAAGAUAACGCUAAUUCUUGGACGCCUGGGAUUAUAAUGGAAGCGCUAAACAAUUGCGUGAAGGGGGGUCAGUUACUCAUAGAUGAACAAAUAACGGGUGUUCACUACUAUGCAAACUUUGAUUGGAGGAUAUAG